AUGAAGUCCACCCUUACCGCAGCUCUCCUAGCGACGUUGGCCAGCGCUCAGCAGGGUCUCCAACCCCCCGUUCAGACCAAUGUGACCGUCUUUGCGCCUCCCGAGAACUACACUAUCCCCAAGGUGCUGUACGGCCGCGUACGCGCGCUCGAAUGCCCAGGCAACGACGUUUUGCUCGCGACUUGGGAGAACUAUCUCCCUGUUGAUGGUGAGAGCGAGGGCUGUCCUCCUGACUGCCCGGAGAACCCGUACAUCCCUAUCUACGAGUCAUUCGACCAAGGUCAGACGUGGGCUGAGCGAUCGCGGGUGUACGACACCCAGAAUGGCUGGGGUUUGCGCUACCAGCCGGAGCUUUUCGAGCUCACGGAGCAGAUUGGCGAUUAUGAACCGGGCACAUUGCUCGUGGCAGCCAACUCGAUCCCGGCGGACUUGAACGGCACAAGAAUUGACAUCUACUUCUCCACCGACGAGGGCCACACAUGGGAGUUUGCUUCCAAUGUCGCUGAAGGCGGCUAUGCCGUCCCCGACAAUCAGUACGACCCGAUCUGGGAGCCGUUCAUUGUGACUCACGAGGGUCAGCUCAUUGUCUACUAUGCGGACCAACGUGAGCCAGGCACAAAUGGCACCCUGGGUCAGAAACUCUCGCACCAGGUCACGGAUGAUCUUCAGAGUUGGGGACCCGUCGUCGAGCGCCCUGGCAUGCCGGUCCUCGCGGAGCUGCCCAAUGGCAAGUGGAUAUACGUCUUCGAGUGGCUGAAUACCGACGUGGUGGAGAACCAACCAGGCGAGCCGGCAUUUGAGUUUUAUUAUCGCAUCGCCGAUUCGCCUUUGGAGGUCGCCGACGCCGAGGAUGUCCCUCUACUGCCUUUCAAUUCUGAUUCACAGCCUCGCGGCACGCCCUACGUUGUCUGGACCCCUGCUGGUGGCGAGAAUGGCACUCUGAUUGCAGGCGACAACUACCACACCGGCAUCUACAAGAACACCCAACUUGGUGCACGCGACGCGUGGGAGUACGUCGAGACACCUGCUGGUCUAGCCUACUCGCGCUCUUUCCUCGUCCUGCCCAACGAUCCUUCGCGCAUCAUGAUCAUCGCCCCAGGCCCUAACCCCGGCGUUGGCGACAACAUCGUCUACGUGUCCACAAUUGACAUUGACGACGAUGAAACGCCAUAUCCCGAGCGGUACACCGGUCAUCAGGCCACAAGCGGAAAAUGCGCGAGCAGAGGCGAAGAUGCUGCCCCUACAGACAGCACUCCUACCCCUAUCGCCACACCACCUGUGCAGACUGCUCUUGCAGACAAGCUCGCGACUAACGGGGUUGCAUUUGCCGCUGUGCUUGGCGCUGCGGCUCUCCUGUGA